UAUAUUAAUCCCGGCCCAUAAUCAACAAGACACUAAGUAGUAAUAUCUCAUCCUCUGUCUCAUUUUCCCAUUCACCUACCCGUUAAUUAGAGAAUGACUAGUAAUCUCGGUUCAAGCAGCAUCAUCACCCUAAUAACGCUUUUUAUAAGUUUAACCCCAACCUUAAUCAAAUCAGAUGAGGGCAUUGAUGUCUUCUUACCCAUAUCACUCAACCUCACGGUCCUAACUGAUCCUUUCUCCAUCUCCGCCGCUUCUCAUGACUUCGGUAACAUAACCGAUGAAAACCCCGGCGCCGUACUCUGCCCUUCAUCCACCACUGAGGUGGCUCGUCUCCUCCGUUUCGCCAACGGAGGGUUCUCUUACAACGGGGGCUCAACCGGCCCAGCGCCUACUUUCAAAGUGGCUGCUAGGGGCCAAGGCCACUCCCUCCGUGGCCAAGCCUCGGCACCCGGAGGUGUCGUCGUGAACAUGACGUGUCUCGCCAAGGCGGCUAAACCAGCGGCGGUUGUUAUCUCAGCAGAUGGAACUUACGCUGACGUGGCUGCCGGGACGAUGUGGGUGGAUGUUCUGAAGGCGGCGGUGGAGAGAGGCGUCUCGCCGGUUUCUUGGACGGAUUAUUUGUAUCUUAGCGUUGGCGGGACGUUGUCGAACGCUGGAAUCGGUGGUCAGACGUUUAGACACGGCCCUCAGAUUAGUAAUGUUCAUGAGCUUGACGUCAUUACCGGAGGUCUGGGUCAAUUCGGUAUUAUAACGAGGGCCAGGAUUGCGUUGGAUCAUGCACCCACAAGGGUGAAAUGGUCUCGCAUACUCUACAGUGACUUCUCGGCUUUUAAAAGAGACCAAGAGCGUUUAAUAUCAAUGACCAAUGAUCUUGGAGUUGACUUUUUGGAAGGUCAACUGAUGAUGUCAAACGGCUUCGUAGACACCUCUUUCUUUCCACUCUCCGAUCAAACAAGAGUCGCAUCUCUUGUAAAUGACCACCGUAUCAUCUAUGUUCUCGAAGUAGCCAAGUAUUAUGAUAGAACCACCCUUCCCAUCAUUGACCAGGUGAUUGACAUGUUAACUAGAACUCUAGGUUUCGCCCCGGGGUUUAUGUUCGUACAAGAUGUUCCUUAUUUCGAUUUCUUGAAUCGUGUCCGAAACGAAGAAGAUAAACUCAGAUCUUUAGGGCUAUGGGAAGUUCCUCAUCCAUGGCUUAACAUCUUCGUACCGGGAUCUCGAAUUCUAGAUUUUCAUGAUGGUGUUAUCAAUGGCCUUCUUCUAAACCAAACCUCUACUACUGGUGUUACUCUCUUCUAUCCCACAAACCGAAACAAAUGGAACAACCGCAUGUCAACGAUGACACCGGACGAAGAUGUUUUUUAUGUGAUCGGAUUACUGCAAUCAGCUGGUGGAUCUCAAAAUUGGCAAGAACUUGAAAAUCUCAACGACAAAGUUAUUCAAUUUCGUAGCUUCAAUCACCCAGUUCGGUUUCACACCCGUGAAUUGAGUGUCAUCAGAGCCACCAUUGAUAUCGACACUCACCAGAGGAAGAAGACGAAGAGAAAACCUAAACCGGGUUUUUUCGAAGAAAUUAGCGAUAAAUGGUCUUCACGUAACAGCCCUAAAACCGAGAAAUUGCCAUGGCAGAAGCAAGAAGAGCAAAUUCAACAUCACAAAGACGAUGAAGAUGAAUCAAGUUCAAAUCUUUCUUCUGGGUAUGGUUUAUCUGAUAAGAGAACCGAUUCCAAUCGACUCUAUUCGGCGAAUGAGCCGUCGAGUUUCCCAAGACCAAGCGGAUACAUGUCUGCUCCAUGGGUUAACAAUGGUGGGUCUAAAGGUGUUAACUUUACGACUAGCUUCGAGCAAGGAGUUGAAAGUUCGAGUUUUGAUGAUGUUAUUACUGUAGAUAGAUAUAGAAGGGAUAACGAUUCUAGUAGUAGAGCUGUAGAUUCAGAUUUAGAUGAUAGUGAAAGAGGGAUGAUAGAUUCAGGGAAAGAUAAGGGAAUAUGGAGAACGAGGAGGAGUAAUACGGUAGAUGCUGAGAGGGUUGUACCGGAACAUGAGCUGAGAAGGUUGAGGAAUGUAGCGUUGAGAAUGGUUGAGAGAGUAAAAGUAGGUUCUGCAGGAAUUACGCAGGCGUUGGUUGAAGCUAUUCAUGAGAAAUGGGAGGUUGAUGAAGUUGUGAAGUUGAAAUUUGGAGAGCCUUUUUCUCUUAAUAUGAAGAGAACUCAUGAAGUUUUGGAGAAGAAAACUGGGGGAUUAGUGAUAUGGAGGUCAGGAAGCUCGGUUGUGUUAUACCGAGGAAUAAGUUACAAGCUCAAGUGUGUUCAAACAUUUAUUAAACAGAACAAUCUCGAUACAAAGCCUGAGAUCAAUCGAAGUGUAGAGGCAAGGGAUUACAUACCUGAGGAUGCGAAUUACCCCAAGAAUGUACCUAAAGAACAAUUAUCCGAGCUAUGUGAAUUGAAUGAUUUGUUGGACGAGCUUGGUCCAAGGUUUCAUGAUUGGACAGGGUGUGCUCCGUUUCCUGUUGAUGCAGACUUGCUUCCUGGAUACGUUGAAGGAUAUAGAUGUCCGUUUAGGAUUCUUCCCCAAGGAGUAAAACCUUGUUUGUCUAACACGGAAAUGACAGAAAUGCGUCGGCUUGCUAGGACAAGCCCUCCACAUUUUGCUCUGGGGAGGAGCAGAGAGUUACAAGGUCUGGCUAAGGCAAUGGUAAAGCUAUGGGCAAAAAGUGCGAUCGCCAAAAUAGCAAUCAAACGCGGUGUAGAAAAUACGCGGAAUGAGAGAAUGGCGGAAGAGCUUAAGAGACUUACUCGCGGUGUACUUGUUUCGAGAAACAAGGAGUAUAUUGUCUUCUACAGAGGUAAUGACUUCAUGCCUCCUGCAGUGGCAGAGGCAUUGACCGAGAGGCAAAAGGAAAUAACGGAAGUUCUUCAAACCAAGGAGGAUCAAGCCCGGGAAAUGGCUUCAACAAGAGUCACACUCACAUCACAAGCCAAAUCGCCUAAAACCCAAUUACUCGCUGGAACGCUUGCUGAGACUAUAGCUGCAAGUUCUCGGUGGGCACCAGAUGCGAGCAGCGUUGAUAUUGAAGAGUUAAAGAGAGAAUCAGCUUCCAUCAAAAGAGCUGCAUUGAUUAGAGAUCUUGAGCUAAGGCUUCUUUAUGGAAAGCAAAAGUUGAGAAGAGCUGAGAGAGACUUAGCUAAAGUUCAGAAGGAUCUUGACCCAUCAGAACUCCCAACUGAUUCAGAAAUAAUCACAGAAGAAGAGAGACUUCUUUACCGCAAAAUUGGUUUGAGUAUGGAUCCGUUUCUUCUCUUAGGAAGACGAGAAGUGUAUGAUGGUACGAUAGAGAACAUGCAUCUACACUGGAAACAUCGGGAGCUUGUAAAAGUGAUAGUUAGAGGCAAAUCUCUUCCGCAAGUCAAACAUAUCUCUAUCUCUUUGGAGGCUGAGAGUGGCGGAGUAUUGGUAUCCGUUGAUAAAACCAUGAAAGGCUAUGCGAUUAUACUCUAUCGCGGAAAGAAUUAUCAGAUGCCAUUUCGUCUUAGACCUUCAAACUUAUUGACGAGAAAAAAGGCCUUUGCUCGAUCCAUUGAGCUUCAAAGAAGAGAAGCACUGAAGUAUCAUGUUGCAGACCUAGAGGAACGGAUAGAGCUGCUGAAGACCGGACAGGAUGACGAUGGGGAACCCGGCAAGAAAAGUGAUGGAGAGGAAGAAAACUUGUAUUUGAGAGUCGAUGAAUCUGAUUUUUCUUCUGACGAGGAUGAAUCUCUUGAAUGGGAGUUAGAAAAGAAUGAAACUCUCUUGUCAUCGGAGGAAGAAGAAGAAGCAUGAACCGGUAAACUAAUAUAAUCUCUUCGGGUCG